AUGGUACCAGGUUCAAAUCCUGGUAUCUGCAGGUAUUAUCAGCCUGGAGACAUCAUCUUUGGAAGCAUUGGUUCUCAGAGCAUAAUCCUUUCCAGUCCAAAGGCUUUUGACCAGCAACCUCCCCAGACACUAUCUGAAGAAUCAAUUGUAGUGACUAAGAACUACCAGCACACCCUGGCCUUGGUGUUUGCUAUAAACGAGAUCAACGAAAACCCCAAGAUCCUACCAAAUGUCACCCUGGGAUUUCAUAUGUAUGACAUAUAUUCCAGUGCUGCAUUCACCUAUCAUGCUACAAUGAAACUUCUUUCAACAAGAGACAGGUUUAUACCCAACUAUAAAUGUGACUUCCAGGAUAAUCUUAUUUCAGUCAUUGGGGGACUUCACUCAGAAACGUCUCACCACAUAGCUAAUGUUUUGAGUAUCUACAAGAUUCCACAGAUGGUCCCAAAUGAUAGCAUUCAGUUCCUGGGGAUUCUCCAGUUACUCAUCCAUUUCAAAUGGAUAUGGAUUGGAUUCAUUGCUGAUGACAAUGAAAAGGUAGAAAUGUUUCUGCAACACAUGCUUCCCUUAUUAUCCCAGAGUGGCAUAUGUUUAGCUUUUGUAGAAACGUGUCUCCAAAACCUCAGCUUUGAUGAUGAGAAUGGAGACAUAAUAAAAAAAGGAGUUGAACUGUUUGACAGAGUUAUGAGCAUCACAGCCAAUGCACUUGUUUGCUAUGGAGAAGCAGAUUCCAUAAUAUUUUUGAGAUGGGUGCUAUAUCUACCAGAAGUGGAAUAUACAACACAAAUGCCAAGAGGUAUAGUCUGGAUCCUGACAGCACAGAUAGAGUUCAAGACAUUAUCCUACCAACGAGAUUGGGAUAUCCAAGCCUUCCAUGGUGCUAUAUCUUUUUCAAUCCACUCCAAUGAGGUACAGGGAUUCAGAGAAUUUCUUCAGGGCAGAAACCCUUCCAGUACAACAGAUGAUGGUUUUAUCAGAGAUUUCUGGGGACAGGCAUUUGGCUGUGUUUUCCCAAGCUCUGCUUUGGAUGAUGUGGUGGGUGAUAUCUGUACUGGAGAUGAGAGUCUGGAGAAUCUUCCUGGACCUAUUUUUGAAAUGAGCAUGACUGGUCACAGCUACUGUAUCUACAAUGCUGUCUAUGCAGUGGCCCAUGCGCUGCAUAUGCUUUCAUCCACAUCCAAACACAGAACAAUGGCAGAGGGAGAAAGAAAGAAACUUCAGAGGAAUCAACCAUGGCAGGUCCACAACUUUCUGAAACAAGGCUUGUUUAACAACAGUGCUGGGGAUGUGGUUUCCUUUGACCAGAAUCGGGUAUUAGUGGCAGGAUUUGAUAUUGUAAACUGGGUCACAUUCCCAAACAAAUCUUUUGUUAGAGUGAAAGUUGGAAAUAUUCACCUCAAAGCUCCAAGUGAAGACCAAGCAAUCAGCAUUAAAGAAGAUGCCAUUGUGUGGCACAGAUGUUUUAAUGAGACACAUCCCAUUUCUGUAUGCACUGAUUCCUGCUUUCCUGGUUAUAGCAAGAAAAAGAAGGAAGGGGAGCCAUUCUGCUGCUAUGAUUGCUUUCCAUGUCCAGAAGAGAGGAUAUCUGAUAAGAAUGACAUGGCUGAAUGUUUUCAAUAUCAAGAAGAUCAUUAUCCAAGCAAGGAUAAAAAGACAUGCAUUCCUAAGCUUGUAACCUUUUUGUCAUAUGAAGAACCAUUGGGGAUCAGUUUAGCUACUGCUGCUCUUUCAUGUUCUUUGAUCACAGCUCUGGUGCUAGGCAUUUUUGCAAAGCACUAUGACACUCCCAUUGUCAAAGCCAACAACCGUUCUCUCUCCUACAUUCUCCUUAUCUCUCUUUUGUUCUGCUUCCUGUCUGCAUUGCUAUUCAUUGGCCGACCUGAGAAGGUAAUGUGUCUUCUCCGGCAAACUGCUUUUGCCAUCAUCUUCUCAGUGGCUGUUUCUUGCAUGCUGGCAAAAACCUUGACUGUGGUUCUGGCUUUCAUGGCCACCAAGCCAGGAUCCAGGGUGAGGAAGUGGGUGGGUAGAAAACUGUCCACCUCUGUUGUGAUUUCUUGCUCCUUUAUCCAAACAGCUAUUUGUAUUACAUGGUUGGCAAUCUCUCCCCCAUUCCCAAAUGUUGGUAAACAUUCAAUGCCUAAUGAAAUUGUAUUGGAAUGUAAUGAGGGUUCAAGUACCAUGUUUUUCUGUGCUUUGGGCUACAUGGGUUUCCUGGCACUUGCCAGCUUCACUGUGGCUUUCCAUGCCAGGAAGCUACCAGAUAGUUUCAAUGAAGCCAAGUUCAUCACUUUCAGCAUGUUAGGAUUUUGCAGUGUUUGGUUCUCUUUUGUUCCAACCUACCUGAGUUCCAAGGGGAAAUAUACAGUAGCUGUGCAGAUCUUCUCAAUCUUAGCCUCCAGUAGUGGGGUGAUGGGCUGCAUCUUUUCCCCAAAAUGUUACGUCAUUGUAAUAAAGCCUCAUUUGAACAAAAGGGAACUACUAAUCAGUAAAAAUUUCAAAUAA